CAUCACCAGCAUCCCGGUUAAGGGCGUAGGUCUAUGUGGGAAAUGUUGGAUCCCGAUCUAGAGUGUGGCACCGAGUGUGGGGGUCCCGGACCUCCUCCCGAGUUUCUGGUACCGCCACCACCUCGGCCCCCCUUCCUGGCCGAGCUGCUCAACUGCAACGAGGCAGCAGCAGCAACAGCAGCAACACUACCACCGUUCGGUUCCGCCAGCAGCUCCUUCGCCGACGUCGACAUGUGCGAAGCGUUCCCGAUCCUCGACGCCAGCUACCACAGCGGCCCAUCAUUCCAAACCUCCGCCAUGAUAGUGCUGUGUUCGGUGCUGCUCCUAUUAGUCAUUUUCAUUUCAUCGUUACUAGUGUGGAAACACAAGCGAAAAGUUCAAAACUUCCUGCCAUGCAAGACGCCCACCCGGGGCGGUGCGCAUCCGCAUCUGGACGCAACAGGUGUGUCGGCCGCACACUCGGUAACGUACGAGGAUCCGGACGUGCAUCUCGGGCACCAUCCGCUCGUCAUGCGCCAUCACCAUCACCAUCAUCAUCACAACAUGGAGCUGCACGCGAAGCAGAUCCACUAUCCGAGCGGUUAUCCGAUGCCCCGAUCGCCGCCCCUCUUCAUCUGCUCAUCGCCCGGACCCGAUCCGUACCGGUCGCAUGAUAAUGUGUACGAAGAGCUAGAGCACGGUCAUCACCAUCACCAUCAUCACCUGCACCAUCACGUACGGGAUACGGAUUCGGAGCCACCGAUCCAGUCGGAUGAUGAUUUUGCCGAGGACGAACUGAGCUUACCGGGUGACCGGUCAUUCCACAAGUCACCCUCGGAUGCGACGACCGUCGCGACGAUCUAUCACGAUCGCAGCAAUGGCGGUGGUAGUACGCCACCGAUGUUGGAUCGAAACCGAACGGAACGGAAUUCGUUGCUAUCGUCAUCGUCCUCGUCCCAGGGUAAUGAGAGUUCGCACCAGCAACCAACACAUCCACACCGGCCUACCGGUGGUGGUGGUGGUGGUGGUGGUGGCAGCGGGAACGGUAAUGGUGGUGCUGGAUCCAGCAACAACAACAAUGGUUCCAGCGCGAGCAGCGCUAGUAGCAGCAGCAAUCGAAACUCCAACUCAAGCGCCGAUUGUGGUGCGAGCAGCCAUAGCGGGAACGGUAACACGGCCUGCAAUGGCCACAGUGGUGGUGGUGGUGGUAAAGCGAACCAACUGAACGGAAACACGUCAUCCACGACGGCCAGUUCGAGUGGACCACUGAGUGCCGGAUUGGGGCUGUUCCGUUCGAGAAAGCAGCAUCAUCCGGCGAACGCUUCCGCGGCCACGCUCGGUGGUUCAGGACGAAGGCACCGAGGAGGAGGAGGAGGAGCAUCCCGAGGAGGGGUAAAUGAGCGAACGGGAGCCUCCCUCGACGGGCUAACCGAUGGUGGACCACUCGGUGGCGAUCCGAUCGUACUGCAACCGCUCGUGUACGAUGAUCGGGGCAUGAUGACGUUACCUGCACCACCGCCAGCUUAUCACAACCACACGCUGGCCACAGCGGCGCACCACCUGGUACCGCAUCCGCUACAUCCGCACCAUCAGCACCAGCACCACCAACAAAUGAAUAGCGUGAAUAACAACCAAAAUGGACGCUCGAACUACUACAGCACCAUCGAUGAUGAGCUCGAUCCGGAGCUACUGGAUCCGGUCGAACGGAGGAACCGCAUCAAUGCCCAGCUGUCCGCUUCGUCGGGAGUGCUACAUGGUGGACCACCUCCACCACCGGUGUCCACCAUCUUCCGUAAUGGUUGUGGCCGGGCACCGGCACCAUCGCCUCAUCUUCACCACAACAACAAUCCGCAUCAUCCGCACGGGCAUCAUCAUGGUCGCGGAUCGUCGAGAACGAACCCGCGUACCGGACGUGCGGCCCGGAAUGGUGGAGUAACGUCGGCAUCGACGGCAGCGAUGAACGGUAACGGUGGACUACCACCAUUGGCCGUCAUUUCAUCAUCAUCGUCAUCGACGCAGCAGCAACAGCAGGAUCCUUCGCAGUACAUCUACCAUGAGCCCGUCUUCCACGAGGGUCUCAUCUACGAUGGUUGCCUUUCGCAUACGUACAGCGAUCGGAGUGGGGGUAGUGGUAGCACCGGUACGGGUAGUACCGGUGGUGCCGCUCCUUACCACCACCAUCAUCAUCAGCAGCAGCAGCACCACCAUCAUCAUCCCUACAUCCUGCCACAGUUCAGCACGUUCCGGAAUGGAUCGUCCGUCGGCGUCGGUCCGGUCGGUCCGGGUGUGAUCUACUCGCGUGAUUCCAGCUUCGGUUCCGAUUCCGGUUACAGUCAGCACACUCAAGCCUCUUCUAAUCGGAGCACGAUGGGCGGUGCCGGUGGUACCGGUGGUUGGAACAAUCCGCGUCGACCAGCGACAGCAACAACAACAACCGGACAAUCGACCGUUUCGAGUGGAUCUUCCUCGUCGUCGUCCGGUGUAGCACCAGCAGCAGCAGCAGCAGCGUUAUCGGUAUCAUCCGGCACGAAGCAACCAUCAUCGGUGGAUCAUCAUCCACUGACGGUCACACCGGGCCACAACCACAACAACAACAACAACAACAACAACAGCAGCAGCGUUUCGGCGACGGUUGGCGUCGGGGAUUCUUGAGAGAAAGCAACCGCCAUCGAUGAUCGCAAUCACCGAUCGCUGUCGAUGAUUUUGUUGGGCGAUGAGGAGGACGACGAUGCCGUUGAGGAUGCCGCCGGUGAACCGGUGGUGGUGGUGGUGAACGAUGAUGCAAAAAUGUUGCUACUACCCCCAGCGCCAUCAUCAUCAUCAUCAUCGGCGGUAGGAUCGUCGGCAUCGCAGCUCGAACCUUUCAUAUCCAGCAUCGUAUACGGCAAGAUACUACUGUGAGUUACCGGCUACCGCGCUUCCAGGCGCACGGUUCCAGGCGCGUCCCAGACUCACAUCAAGUCAAACUUGGGUGAGCCACGCAGCGACCUUAGGCAGCGGCCUAGCUAGACAGAGAGAGAGAGAGAGAGAGAGAGAGAGAGAGAAAGGGACAGAACAGAGAUAUAGGGGAGGACAACCCUCGAUACCCUCGAUGGUUGUUGUAGGGCUAGUGUGCGGUGUCCUAUCCUAGCCAGCAGUUUUGUGAAUAAGUAGGCAAAGUAACGGAAACUAAAGGGAAAGUCUUCUAGUGACGUAGUGGAGUGGUACGGUGGCGGUGGCGAACCAACCCUCGAAAUGUGAUUUUAAUUUUAGUAUCCAGUAGUCCAGUCCAGGAGAAGGGGAAGGGGACGCGAUUCCGCGAAGAUAAAGAGGAAGGGGCCACUUUUCCCCCUCUUGUCCUUUUUUCCGUUUGUACCAUUUCGUUUACUACUCCUCUAGCUCGUAGUGCGUCUGUAAGUAAUCGAAGCGAGGAAGUAGCGAGGUAGUAGUGCACGCCAUUGAGUGGGUGUGUGUUUGAGUCUGUACAGUGCAGCAGGUUUUAGUUAGUAAGCGCAGCGGGGCAUAUAGCGAAGGGAUCUACGAAUCAAGGCGGUUACUUAAGUGAGCAGACGGACGGGCGGACGAGAGUCAGUCCCGCUCAGCUUGUUUGUGUGUGUGUGUACAAAUGAGAGCGAGUGUGACACACAUACAUACACAUACACGCACACAGCAAAGAGGAAUCGUAGAGCAAACGAUCAUGGCGUGUGUACAUAGGCAGAUCAAGAGGAUCCUUUCCCUGGGCAAGGCCGACAAUGUCUUGCUGCAAAUAGAAUCCCCCACAAAAAGGAAGAUGUCGUUUCUCGAAUUGUGCGUGCGUGCGUGUGCGCGUGUGUGUGUGUGCUGGAGGCGAUUAUCAGUCCAUCCCGGCCCCCCGUCUCGCUCUAUCUCUCGCCGCGGUUCUCUACUCGUGUGGUUGUAAAGAAAAAGGUAGCAGCAAUACCUUAGUAGACAUGUAAGACCAGAUACAACAGUCAGUCGGAUCGGCGCUCAUCUAUCCUGGGUCGUCAGCUUGUCGGGAGGGACGCUCGAACAAUCGAAGUAGCCAUAUCGUCGCAAUAGUAGCAGUAGUAGACCAUUACCGUACUGUCACCUCCCCUGUGUUGGUUUUGACAGUUGAAAUCUGUUGGUCGCGCUCGCUGGUGUUAAGUAAUUAAAAAGUAAAAAUUACUCUUGCGCACCUAAUGUGCGCUUUCCUGUCUCUUUCUCUCUCUCUCUCUCGCUUUUCCUUUCCGGCUUGCAGUGAUUAUUAUUGAGUGCGGAAGGUGCUUUUUGAAGAGCCUUUUUUC